GGAUAGUGGUAGUGGCCUGACGUCACGCCCACUUGCUGGGCUUGUUAGCUCCGGUUAGCUCGCACUCUUUUGGACUACUGUGAUUACUGUUUCUUCAGUUUUCUUCCUCCCUACAUGUCAGUUGCCACCCUCAUCAAAAGCAAGCUCGUUGCUGCCUGCCGUACGCAUCUUUUCCAGCGCCUUUACGUGUCACCCCGCCCGGCAGGCCUACGCACGAUGCAGGUGAAGGUGCUGAAUGCGCUCGAGGACAACUACAUGUACUUGCUGGUGGACGACGCGACCCGUGAGUGCGCCGUGGUUGACCCGGUCGAGCCGGCCAAGGUUCUCGACGAGGUGAGCAAGCUCGACGUCAAGCUCACAACCGUGCUCACCACGCACCACCACUGGGACCACUCGGGCGGCAACGAGCGGUUGCUCGAGCUGUCGCCCAAGCUGCGCGUGUUCGGCGGCGACGACCGCGUGCCGCGUCUCACGGAGCGCGUCACCGACAACCAGGAACUGAAGGUCGGCAAGCUGACCGUCCGGUGCCUCCUGACCCCCUGUCACACCUCGGGUCACGUGUGCUACUUCGUGCCGGCUGCCGAUGGACAGGCCCCCGCUGUGUUCACAGGCGACACGCUGUUCAUCGCCGGCUGCGGCAAGUUCUUCGAGGGCACUGCGGACCAGAUGUACAAGGCGCUGGUCGAGCGGCUCGCCAAGCUGCCGGACGACACUCGCGUCUACUGCGGCCACGAGUACACGGUCAACAACCUGCUGUACGCCUCGACCGUCGAGCCGGACAACGAGUCGAUCAAGUCCAAGCUGUCGUGGGCACGGGAGAAGCGCGCCAAGAAGGAGCCCACGGUACCGUCGACCAUCGCCGAGGAGCGGAGCUUCAACCCUUUCAUGCGCGUUGGGGAGGCCUCGGUCCACAAGCACGCCAAGCUGGACGAUCCGGUCUCCACCAUGGCCUUCCUGCGCAAGGAGAAGGACCACUUCCGGCCCAAGGCUUGAUCCUAGUUUUCGGUCGUCGUCGAUCUGUACUCGCUUUAUAGACAUGCCCCAAAUAUACAGCUUCUGCCCGUCUCGGUUCUUUUCA